AUGUUGUCCUCCACGUCCACUUGGAUUGUGACAUCCAUUCUGGCCAUCAUCCUAUUUCGAUAUUUCUACCAUCGUCACCAACCCGCUCCGUCCUUCACCGUCUCCCCUUUGACGGAUAAUCAUGAGCACCCUGUCGAUCACCCGAUUGCCAUAGUCAUCCCCUCGCUGGACGAGUCUCUCCUAUUUCAAACGAUUUCCCGGCUCUUCGACACAUUUGUCCUGAAGAAUGAGGGCCGCAAGGAACCCACAGUGGUAGUGGUCCAUGCAGGUCGCGAUACCAGCAAUGAGAUACCAGUCCAGCUGCGUGUGAUGAUGGCCGCUCAUCCCACACUGCAUGUGCGGCGCUAUACUGCACCUCCAUCCCGGGGCGCACAGCAAAAUUACGGUGCUACAUACGUGGCCACCGUGGCGCCCCAUGCCGCGGUCUACUUAUUCCUCCACGCAGAUACUCUCCUCCCUCAGGGAUGGGAUGCGGCCAUUCUCUCGACUCUCUCUUCCCCAAAACCACCGGCCCUGGCAACCUUUUCCCUCUCCCUACCACCACCCAUCUCCACGCCGCUGCGGAUAAUGCUAUGGGGCGCCAAUCUGCGUGCUCGGCGGGGCGGCUGGCCGUAUGGCGAUCAGGCCUACUUUCUGACGCGACAAACGUUUGAUGCCGUUGGAGGAUUUCCGAAUGUUCCGAUCAUGGAGGACGUUGAGCUAUUAAGGCGAAUUCGUACCAGGGUGAAAGAUGGGACAGUGAGGGUGUUGCCAAUUGCGGUGCAGACGAGUCCGCGACGAUGGAAGCAGAAAGGUGUCCUUCGCAACACAAUUUUGAAUCAACUUAUUAUGACUGCAUGGGUGUGCGGUGUUUCUCCAAGAACAAUCUACCGGUGGUACUAUGGAGUUGAUCCGACAUUUGUGAUGGACACCCCCCGUCGCCAUCUUGCUCUCUUUGCCCGUCUUCCAUCUCCUGGAAAAUGCAAGACACGUCUCAUCCCCCGUCUGGGCGCAGAAGGAGCAAGCACCUUUGCCCAGGCCGCCCUGAUAGACAUCUUACACCUCUUCUCGACCAAUCCCAGUGCAUGCCAAAAGACAUUUUUUUACACGCCCACCACAGCCCACGAGGAGAUUCUCCAUCUUCUACGUCAAGAAUCUCUCGAUUCCUCCUGGUCCAUCCACCCGCAGCCCGACCAUCCAGAUCUGGGGGCCCGACUAAGCGAUGCACUCAUCCACCUCCGAAAUCGGCUGAAGACAACGGUGGCCUCACUUGCCGAGCAAUCGGUGACCUUUAUUGGAAUGGACUGCUUUGAUCUUACGCCUACUCUGGUGGAGUCCUCUAUGGCUUGUAUCUCCUCGACUCCCAAGGUGGCGCAUAUGUAUCCCGCCCGGGAUGGUGGGUACGCCCUGCUCACGGUACCUUUGGGAUGUGACGCAGAGCGUGUGUUCAGGAAUAUUCCCUGGUCUUGUGAGCGGACUGGCGCGGUGCAGAUUGAAAGACUACGGGAAGCGGGCCUAUCUUGUGUGGUUGGCGAAGUUUUAGGGGAUGUCGAUGACCCUGCUGAUCUGGAAGAGCUGUGGAUGAAGCGUGAUGGGAGAAAGCGAGAGUAUCCCCGAACUAUUGCAUAUCUGGAAAGUAACAUGUAA